CAAUGUAAGUUGCAAAAACUUUUUUUUUUUGUAACAAAUAGAGGAAAGCGAUAGACGCAUUGAUGCAUUGCACGUUACCAAGUAGUUUAUUUCUUGGUUCUGGUCAAACUGCAGUCAGACAAUUCUACGAUGUUGUCUCCAACGCCGGCAACCACCUACACCACCAUUCCAAUCUCUGGAACUGACGUCAUUUUCCGAUCAUUUCAGAAUCUAUCGUCCUUCUUGUCCCUACACCGUCCCUGGUCGGAAUUCAUCUCCGGCGCUGACUCAUUCGACAGGCCCGCCUCACUCACCCUCACCGGUACCAGACUUGGCGUCAACUCGAAAUACUUCGGCGUGAACUACGGCAUUAUCAUCACUAUAUGCGCCGCCGUAUCCUUAAUCGGAGAUCCAACCACACUACUAGUCUUCGCUUCUGUGUUCACCCUAUGGCUUGUACUCUACUUUUUCCGUGAAGAUCCGAUGGUUGUGUGGGGACACCACGUUCAUGAUCACCUGGUGACUGCUGCUCUUGUUUUGGUCACCGGAGUUUCUAUUUGGAUUAGAGGUUUUGUUACAAGUCUUUUGAUCGGAAUUGCUGUAGGGAUUUUGUUCUCGGUUGUUCAUGGGGUUUUCAGAAACCCUCAGGGAAUUUACCUCGACGAACAAGACGCUGCUUCUGAUGGAUUGAUCUCACCUCCUUCAACUUCUCCUCGGGAUUACAAACUCAAUUUCUCCAAUUAGUAUUACAACAUAUCUCAACUUACUCCCUUUAUUUUUCUAGCUAACCCUGAUAGUGAUCUGUGUGAUAGUUUUCAAUUCUUGGAUUGGGAUUUUUGAUUGUUACUAGUAGAUAGAGAUUUUUCUUCUUACUUCCUUUUUACUGGUUUGAUUUGUGAGGUGUGACUUAGAUUGUUACUUGUGUUAUAUAAAUAUAUAUGAUCAAUUUGAUCAUAUUUCUACUGUGUUUUUACUUUUUAGUGAGUUGUUCUUUGUUA